GAUUUCAUAUACAUUGAAAGCAUAUCUUAUAACAACAAAAAAGAAAGAUGAGUGCGUGGUUAGGUGCAAGGGAGCUUUCAAUUGAAUGGGCUGACAAUCCUCAACAUUGGACUUGGAAUUACAUUCACAACUCUAGUGUGGAAGUAGCUGAACUUCUGAAUGUUUGUUGGCUCGACAUUCGAGGAAAGAUAGACACAAGUAGACUUGCUCGAAAGACUAGUUAUUCGGCAUAUUUGGUGUUCAGGCUAACAGCUAAUCAUCGCGAGCUUGAAAAGGGUAUUGCAUCAGUGAGAUUCGUGAAGGAUAAAGCUGAGGGGACGGAUGAAGAGGGCUACACAGUUUUCAUCUCAAAGGCGAAGGGACAUGAAGGAGAACGUGGCAUAUUCGCGUAUCCGCGAAGCGAUGCAUGGUUGGAAACAAAGCUAGGUGAAUUUUUCAACAAUUUUGGAGAAGAUGGUGAAGUUGAAAUGAGGUUGAUGGAGAACAAAAAUCCUAAUUGGAAAUCUGGGAUUAUUGUUAAGGGCAUUGAUAUUCGUCCAAAUUAAAUUUGAGAUCCAUUUAGUACUAUUGUUAUUUGGGCCUAGUCGUGUCUUGUCUCUAUGUUUUAUUAAGUACUAUUUUCAAUGUUAUGAUGCUCGAUUCCUGUGGAAUCGUAGUAGUCUAGUUGAUUGGCGGUAACUUUCAUUUUGGUGAAAGUUUGAUCUCCUCGUAGCUGUGUUUGGCUUGUUUGUCUUUUGUGUCUUCUUUUGAGUCUCACUAUUGUCAAGUAAGAGUGAGCUUGAAGUCUUUUGUGUUUUCUAUAAUAAUUUUGAAAUAAAAAAUAAGAGAUUUUAUGGUUUCUA